AUGUUCAAAAGAUUUACUUUCAGCGGUCUCGAGAGUUUCCGCUAUGUUACAGGAACUUCAUUUUUUGACGAGGUCAAGUCGAUUGCAGCUGUCCGUUUCUGCGGUGAUCAAUUAGAUUCUUUGAUAAUCAGAUUUCAAGAAGCGAAAGUUUCGGUUGUAACAUUUGAUGUAAAUUCAUACGAGUUCAAGACCAUAUGUUUGCAUGCCUACCAACACCCUUCGCUUAAAUUUGGAAAAACGCAUUUCAAUUCACUAUCAGUUAUUCGUGUUGAUCCACUUCAACGAUGUGCAGUUACUCCAGUAUAUGAGGGUUUUCUAGCUGUUAUGCCGUUUCGUCGAGUCGAUUCUCUUAUUAACACACAGCAUCAAAAUGACGAGGGUGCUGAAUUUUCUUGGCAAAGUAAGGGCUCAGCUCCCAUACUCUCUACCUAUACCACAUAUCUCAGCACUUCUACUGGAGAAAUGAUCAACUCAGUUAAAGAUAUGAAUUUCCUUUAUGGCUUUUACGAACCAACGCUUCUUGUUCUUUACGAACCCUUUAGAACUUGGUCUGGUCGUAUUUCUACGAGGAAAGAUACAUGUUGCAUCGUGGCCUUGUCAAUUAACCUCCAAGAGCGAGCAAACCCUGUGAUUUGGUUUCAAGAAUCACUGCCAUACGAUUGCCACACUAUCCUCUCUGUUAAAAUGCCUAUCGGUGGUGUUGUCGUCUUCGCAACCAAUUCAAUCAUUUAUCUAAAGCAGACUUUACCCUCAAGAGGUUUACCUCUCAAUUACUAUUCCAAAAUCUCUACUAAUUUCCCUUUCAGUCAAGAUGUGCCAGCCUGCGGACCUCUUGCCUUAGAUGGAUGUUAUGCCUCUCUUUUACCUUCACCUGAUGAAAUUUUAGUAAUAGCUCGAGAUGGUACUGCUUAUAUUCUCACGCUAUUGCUCGAAAAGGCCAACAACACCGUCACUGAUCUCCAUCUCUCCAAAGUUUCUUCCCUAACGGUUGCAGAAAGUAUAACUUAUCUGGGCGAUAACAGGCUUUUUAUAGGAUCUUGCCUUUCAGAUUCUCUUCUGUUGCAAUUUAGCAUGACUCCAAAAAUGGUUACACAGAAUUCGCUUGCAUUAACGAAAGCUAAAAAUGAAGACGAAGAAGAAGGUGGUGCAGAUUCGGCAACUGAACGCGCAGAGCGUGAAAGUCGUUGCCUAGAUAUGAAUGUAUCAGAAAGUGAUGAUAUGCAACUGACUAUUGAUGAGAUUGAUAUUCAACUCUAUGGGCCAGAGGCAUUUUCUAAAUCUACACGAUUGUUUCAAGUCAACGAGUAUGAAUUUAAGGUGUUGGAUAGUUUCCUGAACAUCGGUCCCAUACGCAGCAUUUCUUGUGGCGAGGUUCCUUACCUAACCGCAGGACAGACCGACCCUACUGAUGAGGCCUUGACUCAAGCUCAGUUGGAACUAGCUCACACAGAGUUACUCAUCUGUGCAGAUAAGAAGGUGGGCAACUCGAAACUUUACCAGUUACAUCAAAGUGUUCGAGCUCGGGGACUGAAUACCUUUGAGUUACCAGAGUAUGAUAGCCUCUGGUCGCUCUAUGGACCACCAGUGGCAAUGCUGAACCAACUCGACGAAGUGCGACAAGAACUGCAGGACUGCACGAAAGGAGUUGAAGUUGUUGAAGAGAUGACUAAAAAUGAUGCAAUUCAUGAUUUUGAAGAUAAUUCGUCAGAAGACGUCUCCAAAUCUCCCAAUUCGCACACAGACUCUCCUCUACACAGUUUUCUUCUACUAACUCGAGAUGAUUCCUCUAUGGUUCUUGAGAUUGGCAAAGAAAUCGUGGAGCUGGAAGUAAGCGGAUUCAAGACUAAUGAAACAACCGUGAUUGCUGCUAAUUUGGGGCUUCAAUGCCUGAAAAAACUUCCUUAUCAACAUUUACCUUUGUCGACCGUGAAAAAUGAGAGCAGGGAAUAUGUGGUCGGAGUGGAUUACCCUUACAUACUCCAGGUUUGUCCAACUUCUAUUCGUUUGUUAAAUGGUCCCCACUUGAUCGAGGAAUUGCAUCUCACUGCAGAAUCUCGAGUCACCAUGGCCAGAGUUGCAGACCCCUACGUUCUCAUCAACACUUAUGAUGAAGAUCUAAUUCUACUAGCUUUGAAGGACCCCAACAGCAAAGAUGGUGCCUCAAAGCAUUUUUCAAACUCUUCUCAAGUUGUCCUUUCUACGUCCUCCGAUAAUCUUCCCACUUCAAAGUACUUCAGUCUCACCAGACUCAAAGUUGCUCAGAUCUCACCACUGAAUUGUUUCUACCUAUAUCAUGAUGUUGCUGGGCGGCUUUCUCAAUGGCUUGAUGGUUCUGCGUCUUCCAGCCUCUCUAGCCACGUGUUUGGGGAUCCUAGGGAUAGAGAGAAUAAUGCUGUUAUGAAUAAGGCAGACAGUGUCUUGAGUACUGUGGAUAAAGAGGAUCUUUUACUCUAUGGACAUAUCCUGGAUACUGUCAAACGAGAGGGAGGUUAUGAUCAAAUUAUGUCCAAGCGGAUGAGCACAUCUGAAUACGGAGAUAAUUUCAAGGAACAGAGCCAUUCUGAGGAUUCGGCUUCUCCUUACCUUGCGUUCGUUUACUUCUCAAAUGGCGUGCUUGAGAUCUACAGCAUACCGGAGUUCAAGUGUUUGUAUGAGGUACGCAACUUCGUUGAUCUCCCUCAAAUUCUUACGGAUUCAAAGGGUCUGCCGGUAGUGGACAAACCUAUAGAACAUAAAGAAGAAAUGAUGCCUGAUGAUUUUGCACCAUCCAUACGGGAAUUUUCAUUAACCACUCUAACCAAAGACCGUGCUCGACCUGUAUUGCUUGUGAGAACUGACCGUGAAGUGGUAUGUUACGAGGCCCUUUGUCCAUCAGCCGAUGAAGCUUUUCCUCUAGCACCAAUUCCAGUGCCAACAUCAAAUUUAAAUUCGUCGCAUUCUACCCAGAGCCCUUUGCGUUGGAGACGUAUGCCUGUUAUUUGCCCUCUUUUAAUGCCAAAUCGACUCCGUUCUGACCCCCGUGUGGCUGAUAUCCAUGCAAAAAUGAUGGGCAAAAUGAACAUCAUGCAUACUUUCGAGGAAAUCGGUGGUCAUCGGGGUGUCUUUAUUUGUGGAAGCUAUCCUGUGUGGAUGUUUUGCAAUCGAUUUGGACGGAUCAAUGUCUUUCCACACACUAUCGAUGGUAUCAUCUCCAGUUUUUCGCCUCUUAACGUAGAAUCUUGUCCGGAUGGAUUCGUGUAUUUCACAAAUUCGAAUGAAAUGAAACUGGCAACUCUCCUGCCCGGCUACUCCUACGAAAGCGAAGUUGGGAUCGGUCAAAUUCCCCUCGAAGGUAAACCCAACUUCGUCCAAUAUCACAACAAGAGCAAGACUUAUGUGGUUAUAACGUGCAAGGAAGUGGAUUGCUGCACAGUAGUCAAAUUAACCAAUGAAGGUCUCAAAGAGGAGGAGGAAGUAAACCGUCCACCCACUUGUCUUUUACCAAAGAUCGAAAGCUACAAGAUGCAAGUCCUCGCUCCUGUGCUAUCAGCCAACUUAUGUACCGGCCCGACCUACGAACUUGUCCCCAAUUCUACACUGGAAUUUGAGCAGUUCGAAGUUGUAUCAACUCUAACGACAGUACAACUGUCUUCUGACCUAACAUUUAACGAGACCAAGGAUUAUCUAGCAAUUGGAGCAAAUAUGUCAUAUGGUGAGGAGAUUCCUGUUCGUGGGAGGAUUGUUUUGAUUGAUAUCAUUGAGGUCGUACCCGAACCGGGUCAACAGCUCACUCAACACAAGGUAAAAACGGUAUAUGAUGGUGACCAAAAGGGACCUGUCACUGCGUUGGCCAGUUGUCAAGGUUUCCUCCUCUCAGCUAUUGGGCAAAAGAUCUACAUCUGGAAUCUAGUGAAUGGUGACCUGGAGGGUGUUGCCUUCGUUGAUACUAACGUUUACAUUCAUUCCCUCAUGACGGCAAAUAACAUUAUUCUGGCUGUGGACGUGAAAAGUUCUAUCCAUGUUCUACGAUUCCAGGUGGAUAUGCAAGUGCUUUCGGUUGUGUCUCGGGACUUUGAUUACCAAGUUGCAUUCGCUGCCAAUUUUUUCGUUGAUGGAACGAAAUUGGGCUACGUCGUGACUGAUGAGAUUGGUAACGUGAUGAUUUACCUCUACGAGCCAAUGGAACUAGCCUCUCGCCACGGUCAGCGAUUAGUGCGUCGAGUGGAUGUACGCUUACCCUCAGUUACCACGACCUCCCUUCGUGUUGGCAACCGUUUUCGCCAUCCUUUGCUCUCCAUCAAGGCUCUACAAACUGAGCUGAGUGAUAUGAAGAAAAAUCAAGAGAAAACCAAUAAGCCCGUCGGUGGUUCGGGACUUUCUGCUAUGUUGGAGUAUGAGCGAGCUCGACACUCGGUUUAUCUUGGCACUCGGAGUGGAGCCAUCUUCGUUUUAACCCCGAUUCGUCAGCAAACUUUUACUCGCCUGGGUAUUGUGGAGAAGAAUAUCACCAACUUUGUCAGUUCUAAUGCUGGUCUAGUUCCUCGUGCAUGUCGCCAAUAUCAUUACAAUAUCCCUUCAUUAACCAAUCCAUGCGGAAACGUGAUUGAUGGAGAUUUAAUCCAAAGAUAUCUCCUAAUUCCCCAUGAUGUGAAAAUUGAAGUGGCAAAGAAAUCUGGCCAGAGUGUACAGUCGAUCAUGGACGAUAUUGCAGACAUUGGUGCGAUAUCAUUACAUUUCUGA